AUGGUAAUGCCUCGCUCUUGGGGCCAGCAGAGUGGACAAGGUAGAGAAGAGGCGAACAUGCCCCUCCACUCAGAAGACAUCUGCCCUGAAAUGAAAGAUGAUACACAUGACCCCACCUACCAGGAUGAGGAGGGCCCCCUGCCCAAGCUGGAGUACGUCUGGAGAAACAUCAUCCUCAUGGCUCUGCUGCACCUGGGAGCCCUGUAUGGAAUCACACUGCUUCCAAUCUGCAAGCUCUAUACCUUGCUCUGGGGAAUUGGCUGCUUUUUAAUCGGCACGUUAGGCGUCACAGCCGGGGCUCAUCGCCUGUGGAGCCAUCGAUCAUACAGAGCACGGCUGCCCCUGAGAAUCUUCCUCAUUAUUGCCAACACCAUGGCUUUCCAGAAUGAUGUGUACGAAUGGGCCCGAGAUCACCGCGUCCACCACAAGUUCGCAGACACCCACGCGGAUCCUCACAAUUCCCGUCGGGGCUUUUUCUUCUCCCACGUGGGUUGGCUGCUUGUGCGCAAACACCCAGCCGUCAAAGAGAAGGGAAGUUUGAUGAACUUGUCUGACCUAAAAGCUGAGAAGUUGGUGAUGUUCCAGCGGAGGUACUACAAGCCUGGUGUCCUGCUGAUAUGCUUCAUCCUGCCCACACUGGUACCCUGCUAUUUCUGGGGUGAAACUUUACUACACAGCUUAUUCGUUGCCACAUUCCUCCGAUAUGCUGCAGCACUCAAUGCCAUGUGGCUGGUGAACAGUGCUGCCCACCUCUAUGGAUAUCGCCCUUACGACAAGAAUAUCAAUCCCCGAGAGCAGGUCCUGGUUUCAUUGGCCAAUUUGGGGGAGGGCUUCCACAACUACCACCACGCCUUCCCCCAGGACUACUCCGCCAGUGAGUACCGCUGGCACAUCAACUUCACCACCUUCUUCAUCGACUGCAUGGCGGCCAUCGGUCUGGCUUACGACCGGAAGAAGGUAUCCUCGGCCUCCGUCUUGGCCAGGAUUAAAAGAACUGGAGAUGGAAGCUACAAGAGUGGAUGA